AUGGCGCUGGCAUUCCGAGUUUUGGGCGAUGGCGGGAAACAAGAAUGGUUUUCUCUUUCGCUUUCUUACUCUCUCUUCUCCAUCUUUUUCUCACUCUAUUCCCCAUUUUUUCUUUCUCACUCUAUCUGCUCUCUCUUUACAACAUUCUCUUCUCCUCUUCCACAUUUUCCCGCUCUAUCUUUUCUUUCCUUUUACUACUCUUUUUAUCUUUCUCUUUUAAAUCCUUUCUCCAUUUUAUUUCCCUCAUUCUUUUUCCCAGCGUUCCUUCUUUCUAAAUAUCUAUCUCUUUCUCACUCAUUCCUUCUUACUUUUUCUCGCUUUCAUUCCUUAUUUAUCCCUCUCAUACCCUUUCUUUAUUUCAUUCUUUGUCUUUCUCCUUUUCAUUCUUCGUUCUCGAUCUCUCUCCCCUUCAAUAAUUCUAGAUUUCAGAAUGUCUUUUCUCUUUCCCACACCUUUUACUUUUUCCUUUCUUUUUUUCUUUCUUUCUCAAUCUCUUUCCCAUUUUCUCUUUCUCACUCUAUCUGCCCUCUCUUUACAACGUUUUCUUUUCCUUUUCCCCCGCUCUAUCUUUAUCUUUCCUUUUACCGUCCUUAUAUUUCUUACCCUAGUUCUUUUUAUCUCAUUCUUGUUUUCAUUCUCUCUUUCUCGCUCUAUUUCACGCUAUUCUCUUUCCAUACUCUCUUUAUCUCUUCCUUCUUUUUUUCUAAACCUCGUUUCCAUUGUCUUUUUUUUCACUAUUUUUUCCUAUAUUUCUUUUUUUCUUUCUCUUCUCUCUCUGUCUUUCUACCUUUCUUUUUCAUUCCAUUUUCAAUUCUUCUCUUUCUUACUUUCUUUCCUAUUUUCCGUUUCUCACUCUAUCCUUGCUUUGUUUCGCUCAUUUUUCCCACUUUCUCUUGCUCAUUUUCUCUUUCACCCGCUCUUACUCUUUCUUUUACUUUCUCUUUCACUUUCACUUUCACUUUCCUUCCUUAUCUUUCUCACUCUAGUUUCUUUUUAUGCUUUCUCGUUUUCUCUCCCUCUUCUCUAUUUCCCAUUGUUGUCUUUCUCUUUCUUUUAUUUUAUCUAUGUUUUCUCAGUCGCUUUCCUUUUGUUUCUUUUUCACAUUGUUUUUUUAUUUAUUUCUCUUUCUUUUUUCCUCCUUAUCUUUCUCCUUACUCUUUUUCAUUCUUUCUUUUUUUUCUUCUUUUCUUUUUCUUUCUUUCUUUCUUUCUCAGUCUCUAUCGCUCUUUUUCGCUUUUUUUUAACCUGUCAUUUCUUAUCUUCUUUCAGUCUUUUCAUUUUUCACUAACUUUUCUCUUUUCUGUCUUUCUCUUUGCUUUUCUUUGUCUUUCUUUUUUUCCUUCUAUUUUCAGUCAUUCUUUUUCUAACUCUCUUUCCCAUUUUCUAUUCCUCACUUUUUCCACGCUCUUUUUUUCUCGCUCUCUUUCGCACUUUAUUCUUCCAUCACUCUUUUUCUUCCACUCUUACUCUUUAUCUAUCUUUCUCUUUUCUCCGCUUAAUUAUACUUUAUCUCAUUUUGCUCUCUCUCUCUCUCUCUCUCUCUCUCCCUAUUUCAUUUUUCAUUCUAUAUUAUCUAUCUCUUUUCAAAACUAUUUAUACACUAUUUCACCACUCAUGGUUUUGAAUUUAUCUGGAAAUUUAUUUCUUUUUCUUUUUCUUAUUAGUUUUUUUGUUAUCUUCUUUCUUUUUUUUUUAUUCAAUUCCUUACUUUUAUUUUUUCAUUCUUUCAAUCUAUUUUUUUUCUUUGAUCAUUCAUUCAAAUUUUCUUUCUUUUUUCAUUAUUUUUCUUGUUUUCUUAUUUAA